GAGAGCAAAAAGCGCGUGCACGAGGGAUGCAAGGGAAAGGAAGGGGCACGAUGGGGGUUGUCGACCAUACCCACAGACUGCUCUCACAUUCACACACUCGCGAUGUGCAGCGUUCAAACUUUCCUCAGCAUGGAUGCGUUUGCGCGCACUUGGUGUCAUGAUUCGUCUGCGUUCUCGUUUACGCGUAACAAUAACAAAAACAACAAGGCGCGCUCUCAGAAGUGAUGGGCUCCAAGUUGAGCAGGCAGAGAAGUCUCGAUUUGGAAAGUAAAUGGAGCAAGAGACGGCGGCAGAGGAAUGUCACGCCGGUACAAAGCGAAAGAGGCGGCGGGGAUCUGUUGUUUACCUCCUUGAUGCUCAAAUCCGACAAGCUGCCGGCGAUGCUGCGCAAACGCGACCGCAGCCCGUACGUCAAGCGGGUGGCUUGGAUCCGCGACAUCCAGCGACAUCUCCGGGAACACAGGUCCGAGCAAGCGGGCGAAGUGCUCAAACUGCUGAGAAAGGAUUUGGGGCUCCAGGGAACGUCGCUCAGUGACAUUUUGUACAAGAAUGCGGCUUUUCUCAACCUGGUGGACCCCAUCUCACACGAGCUGCUGCUAAGUCUGGCCCGAGACCUGCAGUGUCCGAAGAGGGAGACUGACUCCCUCAAGUCGACCAACAAGAUCUGCCGCCAGCUGAUUUACCACCUGACUCCUCACUCCAAGUGGACGAGACAAAGCGUUCCCAGGAGGAAGUCUCAGGCCUGUCUGAAGACCACCCUGAAGAAAAAACUGUCCGGCGAUGUGGUCAACCUCUCCGGCAUCCCACUUUCGGGAAGAGACGUCCACCGCGUGGCCUUGUACCUGCAGGGUGCCAGCGACGCAGUGUCUGCUGUGGACUUGAGCUUCACCGGGCUUCAGGAUGACAGCUUGCGACUGCUCCUGCCGGCCCUCAGCGGUCUUCCCAAGCUGAGCACGCUCGCCGCCAACGGCAACCGUCUGACAGUAGCCGUCCUGAAAGACUUGAUGGAGGCGGUUAAAGACCCUAAGAAGUUCCCCAGCUUGGCGUGGAUCGACCUGGGCAACAACGUGGACAUCUUCACCGUGCCGCAGCCGCUGCUGGUGGCCCUGCGCCGCCGUUUCGGUUUACGCAGCAGCCUGCCUACCAUCUACGAGUACAACGAAGCAAAGACCUUAAGCGGCUACCUUCCCAACAUGGAAACCUCCGUAGAGGAGACCAGCAUGUACGAGGAGGGCGACGAAGGUGAGGACGAGCGAGACGAAGAUGACGACAGGCUAGAGCUUCAAGCUUGGGGCUUUACGGAGGAGAGAACGUCCAAGAAUGUGCAGUGGCAAGCUGUGGGAGGUGUUCAAGAAAAGACUUGCCCGAGUUUCCUGGCUGUUAGUCUCGUCUCUUGAGCUAAAAAUAAAGUGUAAUGUUGUCUCUCUGGAUGCUUCCAACACGACAAUGUAUUUAUGGGCUAAUUUAUCUCCUUACAUCCAGACAAAGUUCCACAGUGCUUAUGGUAACUUAUGGCGGGGAGCUCGGAAACUUAAAUGUUUGUGUAAUACGGCACAAUUAAUUCAGGAUAUCUGACGGACCCAAAGCUAUGACACGCGUGGUUGUUAAAAAUAUUCCAUCAUUUAUUGCCAAAAACUUUGACCCUUUAUCCAAGGAGAUCCCCGGGAAUUCGUUUUUUUUGAAGGACCCCGACUUAUGAAAU